UAUCCUCAUUCUCUCGCUCUCUCUCCCUCUCUUUCUCGGGGAUCUCCCGCGCGCCUGUCUUCUCUCUCUCUCUCGCUCUCCCUCUCUCUGCUGUGUCGGCACGACGACGGCGGCGCGGAGUCGUCGCGAUGCUUCGGGGAACGGUGGGACCUCUGGCGCGAUUUCUGCAGCGUAGAGUCUCCAUCUCUCAUUCUCUCUCUCUCUCCAAGAAUUAAGGAACUAUGGAGAGGAACGGAGCUCCCUGGAACCAGAAGAAUGGCGCAGGGAUGUGGAAGAGGAAGCACCGAUCCCAUGAUACGGGUUUCGGCUUCCGCCCUCAGCCCUCGAUCCACAAUCCUGAUCCUAACCCUAACCCUAGCCAUAGUUCGGUUUCACCGGAUCCGUCCCAGUUCGCACCAACCGUACAUCAGUUCCUGGCCCACCGGGACGCCUUCCGUUUCCUGUGGGGGCAGCUCGACGAUGCUCUUACUGCGAGAGAAAGGUUGGUGUUGAUGAAGGAAGAGGAAAUUCGGCGGAAGGAGCAAGCACUUUGUGAUCAUGAAGGGCUCAUCGAGGCAUUGAAGAAGGAGGUCGUGCAUUGGAAGGCGGAGGCAUCACACUACAAGAAUCAAUUUCUUUCGUUAAAAAGUCAAGCGGAACAUCAGAUUAGAGGGAAUGCGGAGUCGAGAGGAGAUUGCAGUUUGGUUCGUGAAAAUGAUGAAAGUCAGUUGUGUAAUAGACAAGAAAAUGCAAGUGCAAAUCCUUGCACAUAUCAGAAAGAAGAAAAUGCAUGUUUGUUCAAAUCCAGUCGUGUUGACGAACAUUUGACUGCUGGAGAUGGAAUUGAUGAGGAUUGUUGUUUACCUUCAUUGCAAAGUGUAGAAAUAUGUCAUUCAUCCAACAUAAGUGCCAUUAAAUGUUUUGAUCGUUCUACUGCUGAUGCUGCUGGAGCAAGUCCUUGCACAACUGCUCAUUCUCUUCCAUUCUCUGGUUACCUCACAUGCUCCAUUGAGGAUAUGACUGGAAGUUGCCCUGCGGCUGAAUCACAAGCAGGGAAUUGUAUUGGUUCAGGUCAGAUACCAGAACCUUCACUUGUGACCAGUCCUGUGAAUGGUGACAUGACUGUCAAUGGUAAUGGCAGAGUUGUAGAUGCUCCCGUGUCAAAUUUCCCAGUUAAAGUGAAGAUUGAGCAGAUUGAAGAUGCUCCAAUGGUCACAUUUCAUGAUGAAUUGGAUAGCUCUGAGAACAUUAUUCCACAGAUGAAACUUGAUGAUAGCCUUGUGAACAAGGAAAGGAAUGUCAACAGUAACAGCCAUAUGCUUGAUACUGCCUUGUCUAUUUUGCCAGUGAAAGUGAAGACUGAGCCUAUUGAAAGUCAUGCAAUUGUUCCUGUCUGUAAUGGAUUGGAUAGCUCCGUAACACAGGAUCUGCCUGUUAGUAUCAAAAAUGAAAAUCCUGAUGACUUCAUGGAUGAGUUAGACCACAUUUCUUUGCAUGAGCGCACCAAAAUGCUAUUGCAGAGUAAGCUUUCCCCACGAAGUAUUUCUAGCGAACUUGGUGAGUGUGCCGGAAGGACCUUGCCGCCAGAACAUGAGUCUUCUGAAUUAUUGAAUCACAAGGCAAGAGAUUUAAAAAUUCAGAGCAGGAAGAAGAGAACACCAACGUCUUCUGUGGAGGUAGCCCUUGAAGAAGAUGCUCCUGGGCUUCUACAGAUUUUGCUGGAGAGAGGAUUGCAACUUGACGAAAUCAAGCUUUAUGGAAACAUGGAAAAUGAAGAUGGGCAUGAAACGUUACCUGAUGCUGAUGGUUUUGCAGAGCUUGAAACUGUUAUAUCUAAGCUAUUUUCUCGUCCGGCAAUGAUACUGAAGUUGGCCAAGGUUUUUCACAAUAAGGGUUCCAAAGCCAGUUAUUGCUUGGCUUGUUUAAUUUCACUAAUUGAACAGACCCGAUAUUUACAGCUUCACAAGUGGUCAGUUGAAUGGGGAUGGUGUAGAGAUCUGCUCUCGUUUAUUUUUGUAUUUGAACGGCACAACAGAAUAGUUCUGGAGCGUCCUGAAUAUGGUUAUGCUACAUACUUCUUUGAGCUUGUGCCUUCCUUGCCUAUUGAUUGGCAAAUCAGACGGCUGAUUGCUGCAAUGAAACUCACAAGCUGUACUAGAUCAACACUCCUUGAGAACAGACCAUUGGUGGUUGGAGAAGAUUUGACAGAAGAUGAAGCACGGACCUUGGAGGACUAUGGUUGGAGACCAAACACUGGGUUAGGAUCAAUGCUCAACUACUGUGACAGGGUUGUUCACGACAAUAAAACUGAAGAUCCAUCUGAGUGGAAGUCCAAAAUUGGCAAACUACUGAUGAAUGGGUAUGAUCAGGGUACUAUCUCAUUACCGAACAUUCCAAAGAAGGUUCUUGCCUUGAAAACAGAAGUUCUCGCAUUGGAAACUGGUCUGAGCUCGCAACUGAAAGUUGAACACUGAUUUCAUUCAGACUGUAAAUAAGUCGGCUAUCAUUUUGUACAGGUCGAUUGCCAUUGUAUUCUAGUGCAUGUAUCAUAACACAAUUGUAGUACUCACAUUUGUACACAUUUAUCUUACUGCCAUCUUCAAAGCCGUUAAACAUUUUAUUCA